AUGGCGCGCGGGUGUCGGGGGGUCCCCGCCGUGCUGGCGCUGUGUGCAGCCACCUGGAGCUGCGCCGCGGGCCUGGCCCUGGAGCGGGACCAGCCGUUCCGCGUGCCCCCCGGCUGGACCCAUACCGGCCGUGUGAACCCCGGCCACGAAGUGCAGCUGACCUUCGCCCUCCGGCAGCGAGGCACGGGGCACCUUGCCCAGCUCAUCGAUGCCGUCUCAGACCCCCGCUCGCCACGAUAUGGCCAGUACCUGUCCCUGGAGCAGGUGCGGGACCUUGUCCAGCCGUCCCCAGCCACACUUAUGGCAGUGCUGAAGUCACUGCAAAGCCAUGGUGUUGAGAACUGCAGGAGCGUUACCACCCUCGAUUUCCUGGAGUGCCGCAUGCCGGCAAGCACGGCUGAGCGCCUCCUGCCAGGGGCUGAGUUCCACCGCUACGUGAAGGGCGAGCACAGCGUUGUGCGUUCCCCACUCCCCUACACUGUCCCCAAGGAGCUGGCUGAGCACGUUGACUUUGUGGGUGGUCUGCAUCGGUUCCCCGCGGAUAGAAAGGUGGUCAGCAGAGCCUGGGCCAAGAAGGAAACAGAGUCAAGGCAGCACUAUGGAGGGAGAGCAGCUUUCCACCUGGGCGUGACGCCUUCCAUCAUUCGUAAGAGAUACAACAUGACAGGAGGAGACAUCGGGCUACUGCCGAACAACAGCCAGGCCUGCGCCCAGUUCUUGGAACAGUAUUUCCACCAGGCUGACCUGGCUGAGUUUAUGCAGCUCUUUGGCAGCAGCUUUGGCCACCACUCUCAGGUUGACCAAGUGGUUGGGCACCAGGGCAAGGGCAAGGCUGGGCUGGAGGCCAGUCUGGACGUGGAAUACAUCAUGAGCACGGGUGCCAACAUCUCCACGUGGGUCUUCAGCAAUGCAGGGAGGCAUGAGAGCCAGGAGCCCUUCCUGGCCUGGCUGCUGCUGCUCAGCAACAUGUCGUCACUGCCUUGGGUGCACUCCGUGAGCUAUGGGGAUGAUGAGGACAGCCUGUCAGUAGCCUACAUGGAGCGUGUAAAUGUGGAGUUCAUGAAGGCAGCUGCCCGUGGCUUGACCAUCCUGUUUGCCUCAGGUGAUGAUGGUGCUGGGUGCAGAAGGGUGCCUGGUGGGAACCACACUUUCCGGCCCAGUUUUCCAGCCUCAAGUCCCUACGUCACCACCGUGGGCGGAACAUCCUUCAAGAACCCCUUCCUGGUGACCGCAGAGGUGACGGACUACAUUAGCGGGGGGGGCUUCAGCAAUGUCUUCCCCAUGCCCGAUUACCAGGCUGCUGCAGUCGGACGUUUCUUGCGCUCGGCCUCGAAGCUGCCUCCCGGUUCCUACUACAACAGCAGUGGCCGUGCUUACCCCGACUUGUCUGCCCUCUCUGACAACUACUGGGUGGUGACAAACCGCAUCCCGCUGCCCUGGGUGUCGGGGACGUCGGCAUCCACGCCCGUGGUGGGGGGCAUGGUGGCGCUCGUCAAUGACCGGCGCCUGCAGCGGGGGCUCACACCUCUGGGCUUCCUCAACCCUGCGCUCUACCAGCUGCAGGAGCAGGGGCACGAUGCUGCGCUCUACGACGUCACGCAGGGCUGCCACCUCGCCUGCCUGGACGGCACCGUGCAGGGACAGGGCUUCUGCGCCGGCCCCGGCUGGGACCCCGUCACCGGCUGGGGCACCCCCAACUUCCCCCGCCUCCUGCGGGCGCUGCUGGCGCCCUGA